AUGCCGAACAGUCGAAGAAUCCCAUGGUAAAGAAACUCCGUCACGAUCAAGAAUUAAACAAUCCCUGUUUAAAGGAACAUGGACAGGCUUUAAAAUGUCUUGACAAUAAUAACUAUGACAAAAAGAAAUGCGAAGUAUAUUUUGUCAAUUAUAGGAUCUGCAAAACGUUUUGGGCGAAGGUAAUGAAUGAUCGUAAAAAGCGCGGUAUUGAUCCAAUACUUCCUUUGCCAGAGGAACGAGAAAAAUUAAAGGCAGCCUAUUUUAAGAGUAAAAAGUAGCAUUAAUUUUUUUUAAAACCGCUGUAGAGUUAAGAAUUCACGUUCCAUGGGGAAUUGGUGUAAUGUAAGUUUGUCUAUUAAACUCUCUCA